GACUGUAAUCUCUACUUCCUGGAUACGCGUUCAGAAAAACAGUCAGGUUGGAUUUGCAGUUAUCAUAUUAAAGUGAGUUUCCACCAACUUGUAGCUAACACACACAGUAAAGCGUCAUUUUCUAAAUAUAAAUAACAUCUUAAUGCCACGAAAUCACCGAUGAUAACGUAGACGGGUGAGUGAGGCGGUGGGCGCAGAAAGUUGCAGAGGAAGAGCGCCACGUCACUUAAAAAAGCGAGAGAGAAAAACACACCCGGAAACAGCUGCGACCACCGGGCUCUGUGACAGUCUCUUAACGGAGAAGGACCAGUGAAUAAACAGGUCAAAAUGACGGCGUCCAACUGGGGUCUCAUCAUGAAUGUGGUGAACAGCAUCGUGGGAGUCAGUGUGCUCACCAUGCCCUUCUGCUUCAAACAGUGUGGGAUAGUGCUGGGGACUCUCCUGUUGUUCUCCUGUUCGUGGAUGACCCACAAGUCCUGCAUGUUUCUGGUCCACACAGCGAGUAACACAAAAAGAAGGACCUAUGCGGGACUGGCUUUCCAUGCUUACGGAAAACCAGGAAAAGCUCUGGUGGAGAUGAGUAUGAUCGGUUUGAUGUUGGGGACCUGCAUUGCCUUCUACGUCGUGAUAGCUGAUCUGGGCUCCAAUUUCUUUGCUCAGCUGUUAGGUUUACAGGUGACCUUUGGUUUCCGCGUGCUGCUGCUGUUUGCCGUGUCCCUGUUCAUCGUCCUCCCUCUGAGUCUGCAGAGGAACAUGAUGUCCUCCAUCCAGUCCUUCUCCGCCAUGGCUCUCAUGUUCUACACCCUUUUCAUGUUCACGAUAGUGUUGUCGUCACUGCGCUAUGGCAUAAUCUCGGGCUCCUGGAUGGAGCGUGUUCACCUGUGGCGAUUGAAGGGCGUCAUUCAGUGCCUGCCCAUUAUCGCCACAACCUUCUGCUGUCACCCGCAGGUGCUGCCGACGUACGACAGCCUGGACGAGCCGUCCGUCAAACGCAUGAGCACCAUCUUCACCUCAGCCCUCAAUGUAGUCACCAUCUUCUACAUCACUGUGGGUUUCUUUGGCUACGUCAGUUUCACAGACAACAUCGCCGGCAAUGUUCUGAUGAACUUCCCAUCUAACCUGGUGACGGAGAUGAUCCGUGUUGGCUUCAUGAUGUCUGUGGCCGUCGGGUUCCCCAUGAUGAUCCUGCCCUGCCGUCAGGCCAUCAACACCAUGCUGUUUGAGCAGCAGCAGAAGGAUGGGACGUUUGCUGCGGGAGGAUACAUGCCUCCUGUGCGCUUUAAGAUGAUCACCCUCUGCAUCGUGUUUGGAACCAUGCUGGGAGGCAUCCUCAUCCCCAACGUGGAAACCAUUCUGGGUCUAACUGGAGCCACCAUGGGCAGCCUCAUCUGCUUCAUAUGCCCUGCCCUGAUCUUCAGAAAGAUCCAGAAAAAUGGCAUCAUCGCUCAGCUGGUGCUCUUUGUGGGUCUGGGCAUCCUGCUGAUCAGCACCUUUACCACCCUCUCCAUUUCGGCCAGCAGUCCCCCCACCAAAACCAUAGGUCCUCCUCCACCAGCACCUGUCAAGAACAACCGGCUCGUACCAGACCUUCCACAAAUUCCAGAAAUUUCUCUUAACAAGAAGCCAGUGGAGAUAGAAGAGCCAGCUCCUCCAGUUGUGGAGGUGGUAAAAUCCGUAGAGAGGGUCCAGCCUGAGCCCCCCCAAAUUAUCGGACCAGUGGAUGUACCUGAGAGGAAAAAGAAGAAGGAGGAGGAGGAGGUGCAGCUGGACCGCCCUGAUGCUGGUGUUGCUGUGCCAGAGGUAGAGGCCCAUCGCCAUGAACCUCCCAUCCCUCGAGACGAGGUCGUGGUGGACGCCAGGAAGAACAAAGCAGAGCUGGAGGAUGACAAAAAACAACCGUUUGUAGGAGAAAAGGAACUUAAGAGACAUAAUGGUUUAAGCAAUGAAAUUAAGGUAGAGGACCAGAAAGACGAGAAAGAGGAACAAAAGCCUGCAGAGGUUGUGAAGAAAGAAGUCGUGGAUUUGGGUGGAGGUGAAGUUCUUUCUAACGAGGUGCUGGAGAAGCAGGGUGAAGCAGUAGGAAAAGAGCAGGAAGUUCCUAAGCUAAAGACUGAUGAAAUAAUUGAUGCUGUGAAAGAUUCCAGGAAUGUAGAUGUGUUGGAAAAUAAGGCUCCGGCUGCACAGGUGGAAAAUGAGGCCCAAGCACCAGAUACUGCAGGGAAACCUCCACUUCCUGAAGGAGAACAUCAACCUGCUGCCGACAGCAAGGACGUGGCAGACGAGAAGUUGGAAGUGAUAAAAAAGCUGGUUGCAGAGGGCCAGCUGGACCACGCCGUCCUACUGCAGGUGAUCAAGGAGCAGCAGGUGCAAUCGAAGAGACUCCUGGACCAGCAGGAGAAACUUUUAGCUGUGAUAGAAGAGCAACACAAGGAGAUGCACCAGAAACAGCCUGCUGGGGCUGGAGAAGGCGAGGCAGAGAAAGGAGUCCAGGAACCCUUGGAGGUGGUGGUGGAAGGAGGAGCAACAAAGGUGAAAGAGUCCGGCUUGGCGUCAGACAUGAAGCAGACAAAGGAGGAGGCUGGAGCUGCACAGGGUGUAGAAGACCAGCCUAAUGCUUUAUCCCCGAAUCAAGCCCAGGCUGCUGAUCAGGGUGCUGUGGCCGGGGAUCCUAAAGCAGCUUAUAAAGAGGACGGCCAUGAAGCAGCAGGGGGAGAGCCCCAUAAGCAGAGCGAGCUAGGGGCAAGGGGUGUGCCACUGAGAAAGAAAGGACCCGUUGACCAUCAACCUGAACCUCAAAAUGAUCAGGUAGCCCAACUCAAGGAUGAAGAAAGAAGUGUAGAUAAGGAAAAGGAAAGAAUGGAGAAAGAGGCGAGGCUUGAAAAAGAAAAGCACGAGAUGGAGACAAAGGAAAAACUGAAUCGAGAACUGGAGUUGGAGAAGGCGCGAGCUGAAAAAGAGAGAAUUGAGAAAGAAGUGCAGGCGAGAGUGGAGACGCAGCGACUGGAAAGGGAAAGACGGGAGAGGCUGGCGAAAGAACAGGAGCUGGAGAGAGCGGCAAAGGAGAAGCUCGCACAGGAGAAAGCAGCAGCAGCAGCAGCAGAAGAGAGACUUAAGCAGAAGAUGCAGCAGGCAGACAAUGAAAUAUUUGAGAGAAAGAAAGAGAUAAAAGUUGAGGAGGCUCAGGAGAAGCUGGCCCAGGUGGAUGGAGAUAUAGCAGUCAGAGUUGUUGCACAGGGGGCUGAAGGAGAAGAUGGAGGAGCUUUGAAGAGUGGAGGAAGAGACCUCAAAGAGAAAGCUGCAGCUCAGGCCGACCCCAGAGAAAGAGGAGAAGACUUGGCCGUCAAAGCCAACGCUCAGCCUCAGGGCUCCCACGAGAAGGUCAGGGACCAGGGAGAGAUGGAUCUAAGGAGGAGGCGCAGGGCACUGGGACCCGGCGAGGCUGAGGGGGUCUCAGAGGAGACCGGCAUGUCCAGGGGGGUGCCUGGGCUGGAACCCCUGCUGGAGCUGGGGGGCUCAGACUUGCACGCUGCCCUUGAGGAGCGGCUACUGGCCGGGGCAAUAGUGCACUCACGUCAGAUUAAAGAGGCCUCAGAGGACGAGGGGGUGAAAUAGAUACAUACCAUACACCUGCAAGAACCAGUCAAACUGUGGACUAUGAAACAGUUGCCUUUACAUCCCUUCUCGACUUCAGAAAUGUUCUGGACUAAAAGGAACACAUUCUCCUUGAUACUGUGUAGUUCAAAAAUAACCCAAAGUCUUUGUUAAAGAGCAAAGUGUCUGUAAAUGUUAACUUAUUUUUGUCUAUACUGGAGAGAAUUUUAAGAGGUUACUGUUGAAAUGUAAAUAAAUCUAUGCAAAUCUGUGUGAAAUGUUUUGACAGGAUGAGUGUAAAAAUGUUUGUUUGAAUCAACUCAGUUCCGUUUCAUUUAGCAGCUCUGUGGCUUCUGUCUCUGUAGGUUCUGUGUCUUUUUAAUCAUCACCUGUGUGGAUGUGUGUGUUUAACGCUGCGGCCAGUUAGGUUCAUCUGUUACUUUAAAGUGUAAAUAAUGUACAUGUGUUGUGUGGUUAUUCUUUAGGCCUUCAAUUGACCACAUAUUGGAUGUAUUGUGGGGGUAAAGCACCUUUAGUUUAUUGUUGCUUCUCUAUACUUUCAAAUGAAUGUAACUGCAUUCAGCCUCAUUCUGGAGCUCCGAGGGUUAUAAUAGUGUAGCCUUACUGUUUGAGAAACUGUGGAUCCAUGACUGUAGUAACAAUCAUUCCAUCUUCAAAAGCUCCCUUGAUUCAUCGUGCCUUUCAAUCAACAUGCUGCAUUGGGUGACUCUUUAAAAAAAUGUGGCAGUUUUUCUCUAUUUUAUUUUUCAUCUCUCUUUGAGAACUUUGAAUCUACAAAUCACUAAGAUUAAGAACAUUGUGUUAAGGAAAUUGGAGAAAUGAAUGAUCCAUGUUUGGAGUGGUUUUUUAAAUUAUUAUUUUAUCCAGAAAUCCAACUCUUCUAACUCCAUCUGUUAGCACUUCAACACAUGCUGGACCCUUUCUUCAUACAAGAGACGUAUUUUCAUGACUAUUUUUCUAUGUGCAUCAAGUUUCUGUACAUUUUGCUGAUAAGAAUAAAUAAAAACAUCUUUAUUACAUCCA